AUGCUAAGCAAUCCCCAGGCAAUCAUCAUUGGGGCCGGGCCCGCAGGCCUCGCGGCGGCUCUGCGUCUCCACCAACAAACAGACAUAAAAUGCACGGUGUACGAGCUGCGCCCCGAGCCCACGACGCUGGGUGGGGCCGUUGGAAUCCUGCCUAACGGUCUGCGCCUGCUGCACCGACUGGGUGUUUACGACGCAGCCGUAGCCCGGGGAUAUAGCGGUCGCAAUCUGACACUCCACUCGGUGCAAGGUCAUGUCAUUGGCUCAAUGGAUCACGUUGGCUGGGCGCGCGAGCGGACUGGAUUUGGGUAUCUGCGGAUCAAGAGAGCGGCUUUGCAGGAUGUCCUCCUCCAGGCAACGACUAAGGCGGGCAUUCCUGUUCGCUUUGGAAAACGGUUGACCACGAUCGACGAUAGUGUUGAUGGGGUCAAGGUUACUUUUUCUGAUGGCUCGGUUGAUUCUGCUGACCUCCUGAUCGGCUGUGAUGGCAUUCACUCCAAUGUUCGGCGCUCGUAUAUCGACCCGACGCAGACAUCGGAGUACUCGGGCUUGUCCGGGAUAAUGUCGAUUGUUCCGGCGGAGGUUGUCUCAGCUGAGGUCAUGGAUCAAAUCUCGGGCCUUGAAGCUACCUUCACGGAGGAAGGGAUGCUGGCCAUGAACCCAUGCACGGCGUCCAAAGACGAGUUAUUCUGGUUCUUUACCAAGGAGGUCCCGCUCCCCGAGUCUGGUGAUAGCCGUGAUGGAUGGGAAGUGCAUGGAAAAGAAGAGGUGGAAGGUUUCAAGACCAUGAUACUCGGCGUCUUGAAAAAUACAGAAGGUGAGUGGGGAAACGCGCUGAAAAAAGUCAUCAGCAACACCUCUGUUGUCAAGUUCUACCCCAUCUAUCGCCUUCCCCUGGGCAAGGCAUGGUCCAAAGGCCGGUGUGUCUUGGCUGGUGAUGCGGCGCACGCGAUGUCGCCGCAUGCUGGACAGGGUGUUUCCAUGGCACUCGAAGAUGUGUUCCUGCUCUCUCGUCUACUCGAGGAUCGCACACGCCCUCUGGGCGAGGUCUUUGAGAAAUACGACGCCAUUCGCAGACCUCGUGUAAAUGAGAUCUUCAAAAUGGCUGCAGAUAAUGGUGAGAUGAGGAAAAGGAUUACCCCUUGGCGGCUUUGGUUCAGGGAGAUUACGAUAACAUUGGGAAUGAACAUGUCGUGGGCCCUGGGACUGGACAAGAAGGGAAUGAGACAAGGGCACUUGACUUACGACAUUGACGAGGCGGAGCUGUGA